CUGCUGAUUCAUGCAUUAGAUUAAAAUGGCGGUGGGUUAUACUGUUUUAUUGGCCAAUUGUCAACCAAUGUCUUCACGUCUGCUCUUUAUGCCAUCUGAGAUAUCUGCGCGGAAUGUGUUCUAUGAUUGACAAACAGCUGUUGAGUUGUUUACAUCGUUUGACUGCCAAAAUCGAUUUUAUUAGCAUAUUUCCAAUCAAACCCUAAAUUUAUAUAUCAAAUUCAUUAAUAUUUGAAGAACAACUAUAGAAAAAAGCAAAGCACAAUGCUGAAGCGUCCGAAAGCCGAUCAUACGACUAAGCAGAACAAAUCUUUGAACCAACUGGCCUCAGAUCUACACGAGUUGGUAUCAAAUAAGCAAGAUUUGCGUUCUGCCGUGGAGCAUUUCUUCGAUCAGUUAGUGGACGAAUUCACUUUGGGCAUCAUUUUCGACGUUCAUCGGAAGUUCAAGACUAACGCGUACGAUUUGGACUUGGAGAAUGGUGCGGGAGGAAAUGGAACUGGUAUUGAUGAGGAUGAGGACGAAGAGGAAGCUCCAGCAUGUAUUUGUCCCAAUUGCAAUAGAGCUGUCGCUGCCAGCAGGUUUGCAAGUCAUCUUGAAAAGUGUAUGGGCAUAAGAACCAGAAGCUUAAGAAAUGCAUCCAGAAGGACAGAUAACAAUAGCUCUGGUCAUAAUGAUAAUGGUGGAUUAAAUAGAGAGACCACUGCAUUUGCUUCUGGAAUACCUAGUGAUGAUGAUGGUGACCCAGAUUGGAGUUCAGCAGAUAGGCGCAAGAAAAAGAAACAAAAAAAUGGUGGCAAGAAAGGCAGAGGUACACCCAAGAAACUGUUAGAUCUGUCACCAUCAUCAUCAGAAUAUGCUGUUGAUGUUGAGAGCAUUAAUAAUGUUGCUGAUGAAGAUGAUUUGACACAUUUUAGAGAGGUUUUGCAUUUACAGGAUCAUAGAACAUCUCCAUCUGGUACAUCUGAGGGCAGCACCAGUACCUUAAAUAGCAGUCUGAUAUCCAAUAACAGUACUGAUUCUAAGAAGAACAAGUCAAAGAAUCGGAAAGGAAGCAACAAAACUAAAGGACAGGCUAUUGCCAGCAUCUUCAGUCAGUUCUCUGAUGGUUAAGAGAAAGAGAACUGUGGCUUUACCAUGAGUAUAACAUGCACUUAUAAGAUCUAUAUCUUGAAUAAGUUGAUUAUUUUAAUUAUAUUCCUUUAUAAACAUUUCAAACUAAUCUUUUAUUUACCAAUCGAACUUUGCGGUGGUUCUAUAAUAAUUAUUAAAUUAAUUUCUCUGAGCAACUGUUUCAAACACAGGAUAUUAUUUUCUUUGAAAAAUAGACUAGCAAAAUAAAGUCAUUCUGCUUGCAAA